AUGGUUGGAACUGCCCGCCCCAACCUACAUUACUGCCCCCGCAGACACAGCCUGAUGAUCACCAGUGCCAUGGGAGCGGUGCGAGUCAACAGAUACAGCAUUGUUUCCACAGAUGAAGAUGCCGUGAAGAUCUCCACCCUGGGCCUCCACAAUGGCCAUAGUCCUCUGACUCAGCAGACACUAUUAGGGGCCUGCAUGCGAGGUGAAGAUGGAGGAGGAGGAGAGUGUCCAGGAAGUGAUGAAGGAAGAGGUGCAUUGUCUCUGAGAGUCACAAAUGAGCCAAUCGUCCACAACAGCUGCCGUGCUUCACCCUCAUGUCGCCUGGGCCUGGAUCUGGGCACCGGCCGCCUGCGCAGCCGCUUUGUGAAGAAGAAUGGCCAGUGCAACGUGGUGUUCAAUAACAUGGAGGGUAAGCCACAGAGAUACCUGGCUGACAUUUUCACCACAUGUGUGGACAUACGCUGGCGCUACCUGCUGCUUAUCUUCACCACCACCUUCCUUCUGUCUUGGCUGCUGUUCGGUCUGGUCUUCUGGGGAGUUGCACUGGCUCAUGGAGACUUUGAAAUUCGCCUUCCCAUGAAGGAAGGGGAUGCUCGGAGCACCACAGAGGAAGGACCAGACGAAUGGCGGCCAUGUAUUCUCCACAUUCAGGGUUUUAUUGGGGCAUUCCUCUUUUCCAUUGAGACCCAGACCACCAUUGGAUAUGGUUUCCGUUGUGUCACUGAAGAGUGCCCAGUUGCUGUGGUGACCGUGGUUGUCCAGUCCAUCGUGGGCUGCAUUAUUGACUCCUUCAUGAUUGGCACCAUCAUGGCAAAGAUGGUGCGACCCAAGAAGAGGGCACAGACCUUGCUGUUCUCGCAUCAUGCUGUCAUCUCAUUGCGUGAUGGUAAGCUGUGCCUCAUGUGGCGUCUGGGAAACAUGCGCAAGAGCCACAUAGUUGAGGCACAUGUGCGUGCCCAGCUCAUUAAGCCGCAUGUGACAGCGGAGGGAGAGUACCUCCCUUUGGAGCAAAAAGACAUUGAUGUUGGCUAUGAUGAUGGACUGGAUCGGCUGUUUCUGGUCUCACCGCUGGUGGUGGUCCACGAGAUCAACAAGAACAGUCCGCUGUAUAAUAUGAGCCACAAUGACUUGCAGAAAGAAGACUUUGAGAUUGUUGUCAUCCUGGAAGGGAUGGUGGAGGCCACAGCUAUGACGACCCAGGCCCGUAGCUCCUACUUGGCUAAGGAGAUCAUGUGGGGUCAUCGCUUUGAGCCUGUGGUUUUUGAGAAGAGCGACCGCUACCACGUGGACUAUUCCCGCUUCCAUAAAACUUAUGAAGUGCCAUCUACUCCUCACUGCAGUGCCAGGGAACUGAGCCAGAUGAUGGGUCGUGGCAGGCAGUCCUCGUCUUCCACCACCAGUUACUCCCGGUCUCCAUCACCAUUUGCCCCAAGGGCAGCCCGCCACCUACUGGGCCCUCACUCUCCCAGCGCUUUCUGCUACGAGAACGAGGUAGCCUUGUGCUGUGGGGAUGAUGAUGAGGAGGAGGAUGAGAAGAACGAGGCAGUAAGUCUAAGCAUUAGAGGUGACAUAGAGGCAAAGUUGAGAGAUGACAUUCACUUGGGAUUCAAGGAAACGUUUGUGGAGGAGCAGACGGUGGAGAUGCUGUGUGUGCUGGACACAGAGAACCAGAUGAGCCUCGACAGACUACAGCCCACCCUACCUUUAUACAUCAGCAGAGAGUCAGGAGUUUAA